GCAGAACUCUCUCUCAGAAACAGGAUAGAGAAACUCCUGGAACUGUCUCUCAGAAGAAGGAUUCAAAACCUUCCAGAACUGUCUCUCAUGUCAACCAACAACAAACAUACAGCCAGAUACCUCUGGAAUUCAACCACACAACUCACCAGGGAGACAUAUUUUUAGGUUAGUUCAGAACUGAAUUCUCUUAAAGGAAUAUAUUUUUGUGGUUGUGUUUUUAGAGUAGUUGAAAUAAGUCCUAAAAGUGUGUUUGAUGUAUACCUGGAUGUUGACACUGCUCGUCCUGAGCCUGGGGUUGGGGCAUGCUCAGAGGUCCACCCAGGAAGCCUUCAUGAUGCAGUAUUUUGAGAGGAGGAUUGCCCAACUUGAGGAGCGUCUGAUCAAAUGUGAGCAGAACACCCAGCAGGUGGACCAGAAGAUCUAUGACCUGUCUACAAAGCUGCGUGGCCAGCUGGCUAGCAUGGAGGUGCACCGAACGGAGGUAAAGACUCAGGUGGAUAAUGUAGCCAUGCGGGUGGAGCGAGUGGAGAGGGACCUGGAGUACCUGGAGAAUAAGACCCCUAACCAGCCCCACAUCGAGGUAGAGGAGGCCCUGAUGGAACAGCAGAUGAAAGACGCCCAGAAGAAAAUAGUAAAGAUCACACUGGGGACAGACUGCAACAUAGCUCUCACUGGUGUGAAGUCUCUGAAGAUAGUGAAGAAAGCAGGGGACGUCUAUGGAUCCUGGCUGAAAGACCCUACUAAGGGUUCUGCCAAAAUCUAUUUCUUCAGCGGGAAUAAGAACAACACCGUACUGGAGUUUAAAUCCUUGAAGACCUUCACUGAGGGAAGGCUCGCCCAGGCUCAUCCAAUUCAACUCCCCUUUCCCUGGCAGGGAACUGGCCAUGUGGUCUACAAUGGCUUUCUGUACUAUCACAGGGCAGACACACCCAAUCAGAUCUUAAAGGUGCAUCUCCUCAACCGCACUGUGGCCGACAGUAUGCUGCUGCCCGGGGUUGGCCGCCUGCCUACCUACGCCCUCACCACGCAUACCUUCCUGGACCUGGCUGUGGACGAACUGGGCCUGUGGGUCAUCUACUCUGACCCAGAGUUUGGGGGCAACCUGGUGAUCACCAAGCUGGACAAGAGCAGCCUGGCUGUGGAGCACACCUGGGACACCACCUGUACGAGCCGUGACGCAGAGUCAGCAUUCAUGAUCUGUGGAACGCUGUACGUGGUGUAUAACUCCCGCUACGGAGGGCGCUCCAGCAUUCAGUGCCUGUACGAUAUCCACGACUCCAUCCACAGUGAGGAGAGCCCUGUGCUGUUCUUUCCUAAGCGCUACACCAACCACUACAGUAUGCAUUACCACCCCAAGGACAAGCAGCUGUAUGCCUGGGACGACGGCUACCAGACCAUCUACAAAGUGGACCUCAAGAGCAAGGCUGAAGUCUGACACGAGUCUACAUUAAACGCUUAUCAGUCAUAGAACCACAGAAGUAUUCAAAACAUAACUAAUUAACAAUGUCCAUAUUCUUAUCAUAAUAGCUAACAAUAAUCAAUUUAAGUUGAGGUAACACAAUACACAGUUUACUCAAGGCCCAUAUUUUUACGUGACUUUCUGCAAGAUUAUAAUAAACUGCAUUUAAAAAGUUGUC